UGUGUGAUAUUUGUUGUGUGUGUGCAGUGUGUUGAAGAGAUUGCUCUGAGACUGACAGAAGUCCAGCUACAGUUUCUUUCACAUCGGAACUCAGGGGCCUCAUUGUCUGCAGCCUCAUGGGGCCACAGGCAGUCCAGCAGGGUCCGAAGGUCUCUUUCAAAUCCAAUGAGCCAAUUAAGACCUGCGGAGGAGGGAUAAGCUGCUCCAACUAAGCCUCAGUUAGCCUCACAAGUGUUAGGGUUGAGCAUCCUUUCCCCUAGCUUGAUUGCGGUAUUAUUUCCAGGUGUUAAGGAUCAGUGUUGCUCUAUAGGCCUGAAGCGUCUGAUACCCAGGGCUCAGCGCUGGGACAUGUCCAGAGGCCCGUGGAGUCGUCUGAGGGCACAGGCCUUGCCUGGAUUUAGAGAUGAGGUGAGGGUCUGCACUGGGAGCGGGAGCUCUCCGAUGCCCCGUGUUCUGACUCCUGCCUCUGCCAGGCUGUCCAAGACCUGCAUUCCCAGCGGGCAAACAGCUCCGAGUCCGACCCCUUGGAACUAAAGACAGGCGGGGAAGAGGAGCCAGCUUCCCAAAUCCCAGCUGGACAGUCCUGUUUUGUGUGUGUGUUUGGUGAGCUGCUCGCCCUCAGGGGAACGGCGCUGAGGGAGCAGGAGGCGUCGGGCUCUGGAAAGCGCCCAGCUCCUUCUGUCCAGCCCGGGCAGGCAGCCAGGGAAAUUCCGUUAUGGAGCAAAAUCCCCAAAAAGGAUUCCAGAUGGACUUAACUAGGAGGAGUCACUCCUAACCUCGGAUUCUUGCCCCAUGAUAAACGGGACAAAUCCUGCAGAAUGCAAGAAGGAAUAGCCUGAGCUAGACUUUGCCGCGCUCCGGGCAACAAAAUAAAGGAAGCCAUAUCUGCAGGGAAAUCUCACCGGGAGACACGGAGCCAAGAACCCGUUCAGGUUGCUGCUGGAUGAACUGGCUGCAGAGGAGCCGGUGCAGUGCAGUCGCUGCGUUGUCACGGGCGCAGCGAGAGGGCUGGAGGCACGGGGCAGAGGGGCUGAACUCGGGGGCACUGACCACGGCGCUGGAGCUGGGGGCCACACCUUCCCAGAAACCCGCAGGAUCAUCUGGAGGACUCUGAGCAGUUGAAAAUGAACUACACCACUGUCACUCCCACUUCACAAUAUUAUGAUUAUGAUUAUGAGGCAGGCCAUGCCACAACCAUGUACUUCAUAAUCAUAGCCACCGUCAUGAUGUACUGCCUGGCCUUCGUGCUGGGCACCAUCGGCAACGGCCUGGUCAUCUGGAUCACCGGCUUCAAGAUGAAGAAGACGGUCAACACCAUCUGGUUCCUCAACCUGGCCGUGGCCGACUUCCUGUUCACCGCCUUCCUGCCCUUCACCAUCGCGUACACCGCCAUGGGCUUCCACUGGCCCUUCGGCCGGGACAUGUGCCGGCUCAACAACUUCGUCAUCGUCCUCAACAUGUUCGCCAGCAUCUUCCUCCUCACCAUCAUCAGCCUGGACCGCUGCCUGUCCGUGAUGGCCGCCGUGUGGGCGGUCAACUGGCGCACCCCCCGCCGCGCGGAGGUGGCCUGCCUGCUGGUGUGGGUCUUGGCCUGCUGCUGCAGCAUCCCCUUCGCGGCCUACCGAGACACCGUAGUUUAUGGCCUCAAUAUGACAAUAUGCUACUAUAACGAGUCUGGACUUGAGGCCUACGACAAGCUGGUUCUCUUCCGUUUCUUCAUGGGCUUCCUGUUUCCUCUCAUCAUCAUCGUCUGCUCCUAUGUGGCCAUCGGCUACCGCUUCCACACCAUCCAGAGGAAGAAGUCCCUCAAGCCCUUCCGGGUCAUCCUGGCCGUCAUCCUGACCUUUUUCUUCUGCUGGGUGCCCUUCCACAUCUUCCAGCUCCUGGAAUUGAAGUUCAAAGGGGUAGAAGCAGUGAUGCACGGAGCGACCAUCUCCGCCAGCCUGGGCUUCCUCAAUAGCUGCAUGAACCCCAUCCUGUACGUGUGCAUGUGCCAGGACUUCCGGAAGAAGUUCCGCAGGUCCUUCCUGCUGGUGCUAGAGAGCGCCUUCCUGGAGGAGCACCUGCUGAGCUUCACCCGCCGGUCCACGGCGCACCCCGACUCGUUCAUGCAGGUGCACCAGAAGAACACUCUGUUCACCGACUUCCCCGAUGAAGACAACGGCGCCCACGAGUCGCUGUAGAGGAGCGCAGCGAUCCCCGUACCCCAAGAUCUCCUCGCCCCUUUCCCACGAGGGCAGUAUGGGCCCGGAGGAGAGUGUGGGGCAAAGGGCAUCACGGAGGGGCAGACAGCAGAAGAGCUUCCCAGCUUCUGAGUGGAGAAGGAGAACUGGACGACAGGACUGAAGCACGGCUCCCUUUAGACCAGCAGGGGGCGCUACACUCCCCACCUUUGCUCCUGUCUCAUUGUCUUGAGAUCAUUCAUGUUGCACGUUACUGUUAAGCAAAGCUUUGCGUGUUGAAAACUCGUUGUAGCAGGUGAAGAUUGUGUUUUCUGUGCACUCUGUAUAUGACGAAUGAAUUCUGUGAGUUCUGAAAGCUCCAGGCUCUAGUGCCAGCAGGGAAUUUGCAGGCACAGCUCUGAGUUAAUCUUUUUUGUCAUUUCCUGUAGUGUUCAUUUGUGAAAAUAUUCAAAUAUCCCUCUCCUGGUUCAGGGGGAUCCUGGCCUGGUGAUGGGGACAGCCAUUUUUUGUUUCAUUAGCAAAUGCAAUCAGGCUUCGUUCUGUCUUUUAUAACGUUUGUAAUGCAUAUAAGGUUGCAAAUUCAUGUCACACAGCUGUGUACAGUUAGGUACAGAUGUGCAAUUAAGCUUAUUGACAGUUCAAUUAAGGAUAUUAAAAUGGAAGUUCAUUCAGCACCGUACGGAUAACAGCAAACAGACAAAAGGGUAUUCCAGAGCUGACAAUAUUUCUGAUCUUUUUGUUAUCAAAUCAGAUUAUAGCAUCUGACAUACUGUUUUUAAUUAUACAAUAUUCAGUAAAAGUCUGGAAUGUGUUACCCUAUAUAAUGUACGUUUUUACUCUGUACACCCUAUACAAUGUGCUGUCCAUAUGUGUGAAUGGCCAUGAGGGAGAAGUGAGGGAGAAGGCUGACUAAUCUGGUUAAAUAAAGCUUUAUACUCAU